AGUGACACAUCUGCCGGCGGAAGACUGCAAGUUUUGAUGUAGCAGCGCGCGCCAAAGUGCACGCAGGGCAUGCACGUCGGAUUGUGUCAGUAGGGAAUGAACCGUAGGUAGCUGGCUUUAUAAAAAAAGUAAUAUUUAUAUAAAACUGCUCUUACUCGACUGACAUAUAACGUCAACGGAGGUGGAAUAGGGACGGCAAGUCUUCACGGUAGUUUAUUUUUUUGGAGAAACUUAACAUAACUGGCUAGCCGUGAUGUUUUGCAACUCACUAAAGUCUUGAAGCUAAGUUGCAAUAACGUUAGUUGUAGCUAGCUGGCUGGCUUGCCAGUUACAGUUUUUUUAUUUAAUUUUUCACUUCAAAUACUAAUCAGUUCGCUGUUUUCAUGAACUACGAAGCUCCUGUGUUGUCAUACGAGACUUACUCAGCCGGGUGAAAGUCACGUAGCCACAGCUACGUUAACUCGUGCUAGUUUACUUGGUAUUUUGCUGGCGAGUUUCUACAGGAGUGCAGUGACGGGUACCUAUUGAUUGGUUUCUUACCCAAACAGAAGAUGGCUGUGCCGUUUGUACAGGACUGGGAUUUGGUGCAGACUCUCGGUGAAGGUGCAUACGGAGAGGUGCGUCUGCUGGUGAACAGGAAGACGGAGGAGGCGGUGGCGGUGAAGGUGCUGGACGCGUCGCGGGCCAAGGACUGCCCCGAGAUCAUCCGGAAGGAGGUGUGCAUCCACAAGGUGCUGUCGCACCCCAACAUCGUGCGCUUCUUCGGGUUUCGGCGCGAGGGACACACGCGCUACCUCUUCCUGGAGUACUGCAGCGGGGGAGAGCUCUUCGACCGCAUCGAGCCGGACUUGGGGAUGCCCGAGAGAGAGGCACAGAAGUUCUUCCAGCAACUGAUCGCAGGCGUGGAGUACCUCCACAGUGUGGGGAUCACGCACAGGGACAUAAAGCCAGAGAACAUACUGCUGGAUGACAAAGACAACGUGAAGAUCUCGGAUUUCGGGCUGGCCACCAUGUUCCGGCACGGCGGGCGGGAGCGGCGGCUGACCCGGCUGUGCGGGACGCUCCCCUACGUGGCGCCGGAGCUGAUGUCCCGCGCGGAGUUCAGCGCCCAGCCCGCCGACACCUGGGCCUGCGGCAUCGUCCUCACCGCCAUGCUGGCUGGGGAACUGCCGUGGGACCAGCCCACUGAAAGCUGUCAGGAGUAUUCCGAUUGGCUGCAGAAGAAGACCUACCUCACGCCCUGGAAGAAGAUUGACGCCAUGCCCCUCAGUCUGUUGACCAAGAUCCUGUUGCACGACCCUGAGAAAAGGAUCACCAUUCCAGACAUCAAGAAGGAUCGCUGGUUCUGCAAAAGCUUCAAGACGGAAGAGAAGCGGCAGUGCGACCCUCAGGGGCCCGUCACCAAGCUGCUGCGGUCCGACUCGGAGCAGGGACCCCUGUCCCGCACCGGCAGUGAGGACCGGGCGCAGAUAUCCAGCUCCCAGCCCGAGCCGGUGGGCGUGUGGUCCUGGGACUCUGCCGUCGGCGGCCACACGGGGGCGCCGCAGGUCAGCUUCUCCCAGCCGGCCUGUCCGGACCACAUGCUGCUCGGCAGCCAGCUCCUGGGGACCCCUGGGUCCAGUCAGACGCCGUGGCAGCGCCUGGUCCGGAGGAUGACGCGUUUCUUCACUACUCUGGGGGUGGAGCCGUCCUGCGUCGCUCUCAGGGACACCUGCGCCACCAUGGGCUACACCUGGAAGCAGACCUGCACCAAUCAGGCAACCGUCUCCACAAUGGAUCGUCGUAACAACAAGCUGAUCUUCAAGGUGCACUUCCUGGAAAUGGAGUCGAGGAUCCUGGUGGACUUCAGGCUCUCGAAGGGCGAUGGCUUGGAGUUCAAGAGGCACUUCCUGAAAAUCAAACGCCAGCUCUCCGACAUCGUCAGCAGCCAGAAAGUUCCGCUGCCCGUCACAUGACGGGGGAGGGGAGAGCGAAGCGCCGACGCGCCCGCGUCCUGACCCACGCCGCUGCCCGUGCUGCACGCGCACGUUUGUUUUUUUUUGGCGGGAGAGAGACGGUUUAAGAGGCAGCUCCUGUGCUCACGCCACUCGCAGCUCAACCGUCACGCUUUCUGUUUUGUCGUCUCUCUAAUCGAUGAGAGAUGAGAAUACGAGCCAUACUCCAUUUUGUUUUUCAUCAUUCCUCAGGCAGUAUUGUGUGAGUGGUUUUGCUUUAAUGUUUUUAUUUACAGUUAUUUGGGUAUUUCGAUGAAGUGCAAAGCCUUUUUGCGAGUUGAGGGAGGAACCAUCACGUGCUAACGUGCUAACUUUGCCUGUCCGUUCACCUCCUCCUCAACCGUUAACAACUGUUCAUAGAGCCCUUUUCCCAAGCAGGAACUUAUGUGACCAGACCAAAUGAGGGCCUCUGAUAACAAACUGUAAAUGGCACUAAAAGCCAAACUGUACAUUCUGUUGCCCCUUCCACCAACCCCCCCCCCCCCGAUACUGAGAACACUGGAACUUCCGUCUUCCUCUUGUUGAAGCUGAAACCUUCCACGUCCAAUUUGAUACGUCUGAAUGCUCGUAGAGUGCCAUACUCUGGCGUUGGAUGUUAUGUACUGGCAUCUAGAGCCAGAACCUGCUGUAGUUAAACAUUUGAGAGAAUAGGCGGGACUAGUGGUCUGGGUGGGUCCAUAUAAUCUGCCCGCCCCAACCGUGACCCGCCCAGUUUACCGCAGAGGGGGCGGAGCUAAAGCACUCUACACUGGUGCCGAAGCAAACGGGAACAAAUGGAUGAGCAGCAUCCUUGUGCAUGCUUCAGUACAGCUGAUCCAAUUCCUCUGCCCCCCCCCCCCGACCUGCCCUGGGGCCCAUAGUCCUGCCCUGGGUUCCAUCUGCCCACCCUGGGCCCUCCUCACUGCCUCUGUUACUUUUAUAUUUGUGUGUGAUCGAAAUGAGUGAAAGCAGUAAUAAAGUUUCUGUGUUUAAUGUA